GUUAGCGCCAGCCAGUAUGACACUUGUGAACUCCGCUUAUGCCCGCUGCAAGGCUUUGGGUUCCUUGGCACAUUUGACAUGUUUCCAGAAACUUGUCCCUCGACAUUGUUCAUGCAGGUCGAUACCCGGCACGCAACACGAUCUCCGGGCUACUCAAUGGUAGAUGUAGGCGCGACUGGGGUUGUGAUGAUUCAUUAGCAUCAUGGCGCCCAUCAGUCAGCGCAAGCACUUGGGCCGUGACAAGUUCGGCACACAGUUCAGCCUGCUUAAGACGCAGCAAUAUGCAGACCCUGUCACUCGCACCGUUGCGCCGACAAUCCAUCGGACGAUUUCCUGGAAUGCUUCUGGCGGCCUUAUUGCGACUGGCGCCAACGAUAAGACAGUUCGUGUCUGGAACCCCGAGCGAACGAGCCCACGCAGUCAAACAGAGUUGAGAGGCCAUGGACAUGCCGUUGAAAAAGUACUCUUCAACCCCGUCCGCGAGUUCGAGCUAGCCAGCUGUUCCUCGGACGGCACCGUGCGGUUCUGGGAUACGCGAAGCAAGACAUGUGUCACAAAACUCGAGGUUGGCGGCGAACCGUUCACACUUAGCUGGAGUGCGGAUGGGAGUGUCCUGCUUGCUGGUACAAAGGGCGACGUCCUCAUCCCCAUCUCGACUGCCAUACCAUCCUCCCCUGUUAUAUUGUCGCGGCACAAGCAAACACAGCAAACGAAUCAGACCACUUUUUCAAAUGCAUACCCGGCCAGCGAGCUCCUGAUUACUCGAGGUGACGGAUCUGUUCAAAUACUCGACUUUCCCUCCUUUCAACUACUUCACAGCAUUUCUGCACACACUUCUUCGUGCACCGCGAUCUCAUAUUGUCCAAAUGGUAAAUACGUCGCUGUUGGUGGCUCGGACGCCAUGAUAUCACUCUGGGACACCACUGAUUGGGUGUGCCGACGGACUGUCUCCAACACGAGCUCUGGUGCCAUCAAGGGUCUUAGUUGGUCCUGGGACGGACGGUAUGUGGUCGGCGCAAGUGAAGAGAUGGGGUCCGGUGGUGGUGAAGGGAUAAGCUCCGGUCUUGAGAUAUACCACGCCGAGACUGGUGAUGUUGUGCAUACGUUAUCAACGGGGUCGAGUGGAAUCCCUGCGGUAGAAUGGCAUCCAAGUCGGUAUUGGUUGGCAUAUACUCAGAUCGAGGAGACGAGACAAGGAAAGUCGAGUCUAAAAAUCGUCGGAGUGGCUGGUGGACCGUCGAUAUGACAAAGUAUCAUAAAGUAGAGGACGGACCACGCUUGUCACGGGUUGCGACAUAGUGAAGACCUGACAAGGAAGCACCAGCCUGUGGUGAAUUCACCACAAGAGGAAGGGACGCUUCGUUACUUGGGAAAUAUGGAGGAUCCCGUUUUGAGGGAGGAUCUGGCCACCACCUAUCCUCAUCUACCUCGGGCGCCAUGCCGCGGCGCGUCGCGACAAUGCAGUAUUUUUAUUGUCAGGUCUUUAUUUCGGCAUAGGAGACUCCUUACCAGUCCAGCCUCGCCGGAGUCUUUCCCCUUUCUGCCAAGCCCAAAACUCUGCUUCUUCUACUGCUUCUGUCAAUGCAGUCUACGUUAUUCACACCUAUUUUAUUCAGCAUCUCAUAUAGUGCGAAUAGGACCUUCAA